UCGAGUCAGUCCGAUGUGUGUCAGAAUCGUGUUGUGCAACUAUCGGACCUGUCUAGCCGACGUCCGACGGCAAUCUGAUGAGUGUCCGAUGAUUUACUGUCAUCUGACGCUCAUCUGAUUGCAAUCGGCGGUCUGCCCGACGCGCCUGAUAGCCGCCCAUCACCAAUUCGAUUCUCAUCGGCGGUUAACGUGAUAAUUAGUACCGUCCGAUUGCUAUCCGUUGUGACAUCGGAGGGUAAUCGCUCAUUAACCAAACUGCCAUCCGACACAUAUCGCAUAGCAAGCGGCGACAUCUGAAGGCCAACGGACUAUGAAAGGAGGGCCAGCCGACGCUGACUUCACAUAUUUUCUCGGACACUACACAGCACCAAGAUCUUAAAUAUGGCUCCAAGAAAAAACAGAAAUGUUCGAGGACAGAAGGCUAAGAAGAGACCUCCCGACACUCCCCAACAAUCUCAAGUGGCAGAAGAAUCCUCUGUGCCUUCUCCUGAGGAUGCAGAGACGGAGGAUAGGCCUAUUCAGGCCCCAAUCACUGCUCAGCCACACGACUCUCCUUGUGUUAUUGGCACCGUGAGGCCAGGCAGCACUGCUGCUACCACCAGCAUCACCACCGUCAUCACCGCCACAAACUUUACUGCAGGUUCCACAUCCACUGCCUCCACAGCUGCUACUCCUGCUACUGCAGAUGAAGAUGAUGAUGAAGAUGAGACAGAAAAAGGCAGGGACACUGAUGGAGAAAAUGCCCAGCCCCCUGCAAAGAGAAGGCGUAAGGCCCCGAGGCCUCCUGUCGUCCUUUCCGAAGAAGAAAUGGUGGAGGUAGCUGAAUUCCUCAAGGAGAACGAUAGCCUGUAUAACAAAUCAAGAUACCUCUGGAGGGACACCCAGGCCAGAGCACGUCUGUGGGAUCAGCAAGGACAGGCCAUGGACAAGACGGGGUUGGAGCUGCAACAGUGGUACGAGAGUCUGAGGACAAAGCUUGGACGGCUAAAGAAGAAAGCACAAAAGAGUGGAUCUGGAGCUGAGGUCCUUACUGAUGCCAACAAGCGCCUGCUGCAGCUUUUUGACUUCCUCACCCCUCACAUGUACGUUGUGCAAAGGAGGAACAUAGUUAGUCUACAGGAACGUAUUGAGGCCAGAGGACCAGCACCUCGGGAGGAGGAGGAAGAAGAAGAGGACCAGGAGCGAGGGGUGGAAAGACAGGUAGAGCCAGCCCAGCCAGAAAACCAGGAGGAAGCUACCACUAAUCAGCAGUCUUUAGAUGGAGCCAGCAAGGAAAGCACUCCAUUCCCCAGGGGCAGCAGGUACAACAAGGGUAAGGCACCACAAAAGUCCCCGAGACAGCAGGAGACGGAUAUUCUGGAUCAUCUUAUCAAGAACCAGCAAAACAGCGAGCAGCUGAUGGCCCUUUCUGCCCAGGUGUUGCGUACACUUGACAGGCCCCAGUCACAGCAUCCAGACCGUGAGCAGUUCACUAACUACGUCGGUUCGGUGCUGCAGCAACUCCCUGAUGACUUGUAUAGGAAGGCAAACAGACUGCUGAGCAACUUGCUCCUUGACAUACAAGAUGAAGCCAGCACCAGACGCCAAGACUCUCUGUUCAUGCAGCAUCGACACACAUCACUGCAACCUCCCUCGGAUCCUCCAAUAGCAAGACCUGGUACAAGUUCAGGGGUCAGUCAACCCCCCCUGCGGAGAUGGAUGGCAGCCCCCACCACACCUUUGGCCUACCAACCCAGUUUCCACCAGCGUUUGGCACUCCAUGAAGCAGUCCUACAUGGCGAACGUGAUACCUGGGAUGAACGACCAUUCAACGCCCUCCUACACAACCAUGCAGCCACGCUCCGCCAGCGCCAGGGACCUAUCCACGGAGGAUUAGUCUAUUGUUACUGGGGGUGCUGA